AUGUUGAAAAAUGACAAGAAACAGUUAUAUGCACUCGUACAAUGGGUAGGGAGGAAUCAUGAUAAGACUUAUACUCCUAGUAUCCCGAUCGAAUGGAUCAUGGAUUUCGAUUUACAGCGCUAUUUGACAGAAAAAGAAAAUUUAGAAGAAAGCUAUAUUGUUCUGUGGCGACAAGGAAAGAUAGAAACAUGGAAAAAUUAUGAUGCCUAUGUAAUCGAGGUCUCGCAUUCCUGUAAAAAUUUAGAAAGAGAAAUAGUAAGAUUGGAAGGGAUAGUGUCUCCACUGAAAGUAAAAAGAAAUGGUCAAAAUAAUUUCGUUCCAAAACGAGCCAAAAAAUCUGCUACUGAUAGUACUAAUAAAAGAACUCUUGAAAAUGAUUACGAUACAGAAUCAGAAAUUAUAUCGCUGAUUCAAGUUCAUACAAAAAAGCCUAAAAUUGUUAAAGAAAAUCGAAAGAAAGAUUGUUCCUCUGUUAAAAAAAACAACAAUAGUUACGAUAAAAGCAGUUGCAGUGAUAACCAUGAUAUUUUCAUUGAAGACGAUGAUAAUGACACGGAUUUUAUUACGAUGAGCAAAAAAGUUUUGAAAGAUAAUCAACAGAUUAAAGAUGGUCUCAAUUUAUUAUUUAAUGAAAUACAGGAAAUUAAAGUUGCUCAGAAUGAACUAAAACGAGAUGAUGGCAAAGCAAGAAAUCCAAAUAAUGCUGAGAAUGAACAAGUGGAAAUCGGUCAUCCAGGUAGUAAUGUUCAUGUCACACGCCAACACUAUGAAACUGCAAAUAGUCGCGACAAUUUUAUCAAAAUGACAAUUUCUCUUAUCAACGCCUUAUUUUCAAAAGAGACCCUCAUCCAAAGUAAUUGCUACGGUGAAAAGAGUAGAAUUCAAAAAGAUGCUCCAACUCGACCUGGAUUAAAUCCAAUAAAUAUUGAUGCCGUGAAAGACACUGUCAAAAGCAAGUUUCCUCGUGAAUACAAGCGUGGUUUAUUUGGGAUGGCCAUAAAUGAUUAUUUGAAUGAUUUGCGUCGUUUGCAAAAGCAGUUCAAUAUUAUUGACGAUGGUGAUAAUGUUAAUGAUAAUAAGAGUAAUGAUGGAGACUCUUCAUAA